AUGUUUCCUACCAAGUUCUGGCUCGCAGAGGAGUUACUGGAGGCGAAGGCAUUAGUUGGGAUGAAGAAAGAAAUCAUUUGCGGCGAUGCAGAGGAUGCUCUUUACGGGAGGAAUGGUUACGAUUUUGGUCAGUGUCGGCUGCGUGUGGAGUUACCCAGGACCCCCGGAGGUCGGGGUAGCGGCCUGGGUGGGGGGCCCCGGAGGAGGAAUGGGCUGCCUUCUCGCCUUCUCCCAGCGGAAUUUCGAGUCCUGGUUUCAGGGCUCCCUCCGUCAGGCAGCUGGCAGGACCUGAAGGAUCACAUGCGAGAAGCGGGGGAUGUCUGUUAUGCAGACGUACAGAAAGAUGGCGUGGGGGUAGUUGAGUUCCUCCGCAAGGAAGAUACGGAAUAUGCCCUCCGCAAACUGGAUGACACCAAAUUCCGCUCUCACGAGGGCGAAAUUUCCUAUAUAGUCUGUCCAGAAAGAAGCAUGCGCCACGGCUACUCCCGUUCCCGUUCGGGGCCGAGGGGCCGCGAUUCUCCAUUCCAAAAUGGGGGCUCCCCCCGUUACGGCAGUACUGAGCAAAGUUGACAGGCAAUCCUUUUUUUGUUUCUGUUUUUCGAAAUGUGAAGCCAACUGCUUUCUGCUCAGAAUCGACAUUCCAAAUGAAUGGAUCUAGAGCCUUA